UCUUAUCCUAUCCACUCUCAAAGGAAUCCCUUACAAACAACUGACUGUAGGUGUACCCAAGGAGAUUUUUGAGAAUGAGAAGAGAGUGGCUCUAUCACCGGCUGGAGUUCAAGCCUUGAUUAAGCAGGGCUUCAAUGUUGUCGUGGAGUCUGGUGCUGGAGAAGCCUCCAAAUUUUCUGAUGAUCAUUACAGAGAAGUUGGAGCAAAAAUCCAGGGCACUAAGGAAGUCUUGGCCUCUGAUGUGAUUGUAAAAGUGAGGGCUCCUAUGCAUAAUCCAGCCUUAGGUGUACACGAGGCAGACCUUUUUAAGACAGCACCUACCCUGAUUAGUUUUAUCUACCCAGCACAAAAUCCAGACCUCCUGAAAAAACUUGCAGAAAAAAGAACUACUGUCUUGGCUAUGGAUCAAGUUCCACGGGUCACCAUUGCUCAGGGAUAUGAUGCACUUAGCUCCAUGGCGAAUAUUGCUGGUUACAAAGCUGUUGUAUUGGCAGCAAAUCACUUUGGUCGGUUUUUCACGGGUCAGAUCACAGCUGCUGGUAAAGUUCCUCCAGCCAAGGUCUUGAUCAUUGGAGGAGGAGUUGCUGGCCUGGCUUCUGCAGGAGCAGCUAAAUCAAUGGGUGCAGUGGUUCGUGGUUUUGAUACCAGGGCUGCAGCUCUGGAACAGUUUAAGUCUCUUGGUGCUGAGCCCUUGGAAGUAGACAUAAAGGAAUCUGGAGAGGGUCAGGGUGGUUAUGCAAAAGAAAUGUCUAAAGAGUUUAUUGAAGCUGAAAUGAAACUCUUUGCCAAACAGUGCCAAGAUGUUGAUAUUAUCAUCACUACAGCACUUAUUCCAGGUAAAAAAGCUCCUGUCUUGUUUAAGAAAGAUAUGAUUGAAUCUAUGAAAGAAGGUUCAGUUGUUGUGGAUUUAGCUGCAGAAGCUGGGGGAAAUAUUGAGACAACAAAGCCUGGAGAACUGUAUGUUCAUAAGGGUGUUACACACAUUGGCUACACAGACUUACCGAGCAGAAUGGCUACUCAGGCCAGUACUCUGUAUUCCAAUAAUAUUAUCAAACUACUAAAGGCUAUUAGUCCUGACAAAGAGAACUUCUACUUUGAUCCAAAAGAUCAGUUUGAUUAUGGUACUCUGGAUCAUGUAAUUAGAGGCACUGUAGUAAUGAAGGAUGGCAAGGUGAUUUUUCCAGCACCUCCACCAAAUAACAUUCCCCAAGGAGCCCCUGUGAAGCCGAAGACUGUAGCGGAGCUGGAAGCAGAAAAAGCAGCUACUAUUACACCUUUUAGAAAAACUAUGACUAGUGCAUCUGUAUACACAACAGGUCUAGCUAGCAUGCUAGGACUUGGUAUUGUUUCUCCUAAUAAUGCCUUCACUCAAAUGGUGACAACAUUUGGCCUAGCUGGAAUAGUAGGAUACCAUACAGUAUGGGGUGUGACUCCUGCUCUUCACUCUCCACUCAUGUCAGUGACUAAUGCCAUUUCAGGACUAACUGCAGUUGGUGGGCUGGUAUUGAUGGGAGGAACCUAUUUCCCUGAAAAUGCUCCACAAAGUCUAGCAGUUCUUUCAGCAUUUAUCUCUUCAGUCAAUAUUGCAGGUGGGUUUCUGGUUACACAGAGAAUGCUGGAUAUGUUCAAACGUCCUACAGAUCCUCCUGAGUACAACUACUUGUACCUACUUCCUGGUGGUGUAUUUGUAGGAGGCUAUGCAGCUGCUCUCAGUGGUGGCUAUAGCAUUGAACAGAUGAUGUAUCUGGGCUCAGGCUUAUGCUGUGUUGGUGCCCUGGCUGGUCUGUCCACCCAAGGAACAGCUCGUCUAGGAAAUGCUUUGGGAAUGAUUGGUGUUGCAGGAGGUUUAGCAGCAACUCUAGGAGGCCUUAAGCCCUCACCUGAAUUGUUGGCUCAGAUGUCAGGUGCAAUGGCACUUGGUGGCACCAUAGGUUUGACAAUAGCGAAACGCAUCCAGAUUACAGAUCUGCCUCAGCUGGUAGCUGCUUUUCAUAGUUUGGUUGGUUUGGCUGCUGUGCUCACCUGUGUAGCAGAAUACAUGAUUGAGUAUCCUCACUUUGCUACGGAUCCAGCUGCAAACCUUACCAAGAUUGUGGCGUACCUUGGAACGUACAUUGGAGGAGUGACUUUCAGUGGCUCUCUUAUUGCUUAUGGAAAGCUGCAAGGUAUCCUGAAUUCUGCGCCUCUGCUCUUGCCUGGUCGACAUGCAUUGAAUGCAGGGUUACUGGCUGCCAGCUUUGGCGGAAUGAUUCCAUACAUGAUUGAUCCUAGCUACACUACAGGGAUUACUUGUCUCGGUUCUGUGUCAGCUCUCUCAGCCAUAAUGGGUGUCACUUUAACAGCAGCUAUUGGAGGUGCUGACAUGCCUGUAGUUAUUACGGUUCUGAACAGUUAUUCUGGAUGGGCCUUGUGUGCUGAGGGCUUCCUUCUGAACAACAACUUGCUGACCAUUGUUGGUGCACUCAUUGGAUCUUCUGGGGCCAUCCUCUCUUACAUCAUGUGUGUGGUAAGAAGUCAGCAGAAAUUGUGCUUUUUUCCAGGUAGUGAAAAACCUAAUUCAGAAUGUUCACUAGAAAGAUAAGUAACUGGAAGAGAGGGGUGCUAAGUACUUAGAAGUAAUACCUCUUUGGUCUGGAGAAAGACCUACUUCAAAUCCUAAAAAGGAAAGCCAUUGAAUUAACUCGGGCAUCUGGGGUUUGAAUCUAAACUCAUAUAGGCAUGAUUACAUGUUCUGUUGUCUUUGUAGUUGUGUCAUUUUACAGUCUUGUUAAAAUUAAAUCUAAAUUUAUCAAGAAGAUAUUUUGCAUAGUGCCUUCCUUUAAAAAAAAAAAAAGCGGUUAGAGAGUAAUUUGAAGUUUGUUUUCUGGAGUGUGGGACAGCGCACUUUCUUCAGAAGACAGUUACUUUGAAGUAGCACUGGGUGGCAGCAAGCUUACACUCAUUUGUUCUAAAUAGUAAUAUGUGUGUCAGAGCAAACUUGAACUCCAAUUUUUGGUGUAAUCAUGAUACAUUAUUAUUAAUAGACUUUUUUUUUCUGGAUAAUUUACACACAGAUCCUUUUUCUCUACCUGUAUUUUUUUCCCUUGUGUUUUUCAAAACAGAAAGAGCAAGGAAACUGCAGCAGCCACCAGCCUUCUGAUUCUCUUUUGUGUGAUUUUUUGAUUCAGUUCUUUUGUAUUCUUGUGUGAUAAUUGUUGCUGUUGUGCUGUCUUAAAGCUUUCCUGUGGUCAGCCCUGGCCAUCUUUUACUCUUGUCUCUUCCAGUAAGUCAAUACUGUUAUCGUGUUAGGAGUGAGGAAUAGUUUCAGAAGAGCUUAUAAAAUAUUAUUUGUGCAACUUCAUGGAGGGGAGAUCAAGUAGACAGUCCCAGAUAUGAGUUUUAAAGAAGCUUGUUCUUUCCUAAAUGUUUUGUAUCUACUUAUCAAAAGGAAAUAAAAUUAUGUGGCUCAUGGAACAUCUGUUUAAAUUUAAAUACCUGCAUUCAGUCAGCAGUUUAGAUCAUAUCAAUUGAAAGAUAUUGCUUACAGGGUAACACAGAUUUGAAAAGUAUGUUCUUUAAAGUAAAUAUCAGAUUCUUAUAAGUCCUGGUGAAAACUGGAUACGUAUUUUCCCCCAGGCAUGGUCAUUGUAUAACUUAAUAUCUUUUCUCUUACUUUUGUCUUUUAUUGCUAGCAGAGAGUUUUGUCAUACUUCCCUAGGAAACCCAGGGAUUUAAUUAAAAAA